AUGGCUUCCCACUCUUUAUUACAAGUUGAGUCAGGUAUACAGCGUUUGUCAGAGUCUGUGUUUGCUGGAUUGUGUCGUAAAGUGGGGACUCCUACACAGGUCACCAUCAGGAGAGAAGUACAGGACAUCAAAGAAGUUUUGAGUAAUCACGUCACAACAGUUGAUGGGUGCAGUAUGAUGUGGAGUGGAAGUUACAGAGAUGGAUUCAGACUGCAGGGAUCUGAUGUGGACGUGAUGUUUUCUUUGAAAAACUUUCAAGUAGUCUGGGAUUUAGACCAAGCUCAGACUUGCAAUACAAACAGAAAAGAUUUCAUCCUGUGUGACUGUUCUGAAAGUCCUCCUGGAUUCACUUUACUUGAGUUCAUGAUAACAGACGGAAUAGAUUUCAAGCCAAUAUACAUCAGAAUAAAAGACAAACUUUAUAUCUCUAGUUCUAAAGUCAGACGAUAUGCGUGUUCACCACUCCCUCCAAAUUGGACUCAGCAUGGACCCUGCGGAAGUGGCUACCUAGGAAAAACAGAAUAUGAUUACGCUGUCUGUUAUCGCUGUAAACUGUGGCCUCCCUCUGCCUCCUCAUGGGUAGACAGAUGUCACUCCUGGCCCCAGCCUCAAGUUGUUCAUGAUAUUGUCAGAAAUGGAUGUCAUUUUGUUCCUAUAGGACACAAAUUAGGAAAUCAUGAAGAUCAUGAAUGGAGAAUUUCUUUUUCUCAGGCAGAACAAAAACUUGUGUACUCCAUGAACCACUGUCAAUUCCUAACUUAUGGUUUGCUUAAAAUAUUCCUCAAAGAAACCAUUAACGGUGGAUAUGAUGCCCAGAAUAAAGUACUGUGUUCUUAUCAUAUGAAGACGGCAGUUUUCUGGGCAAUUCAACAGAAUACAAUACUUGAGUGGAAUCCACAAACUCUUCUGGAGGGUUUCUGGGUCUGCUUUAAACUUCUCCUUAAAUGGGUGUACGAGGGGAUCUGUCCUAAUUUUUUCAUUCCAGAAAACAAUAUAUUUUUAAAUAAUAUCCAUGGUGAAGCACAAAAGCUUUUAUUCUGCAGACUUUAUGGAUUAUAUGAGAAAGGAUUAGUAUGCCUGCUUCACAGUCCCUCCAUCAGGCUCUACGUUAUAAAUGUCCUGUAUAAUCCUAGACAGUCUAUCUGCACACAUGAAUACAAUUUAAUCACAGAGGCUGAACUUGAUGUAGAACUUUUCAACGAGACAUAUACAAGUGAUGUUUUGGUCUUGUCUGACUUACCCUAUUUCAUUAAGAAUGUACACACAAUAGAAAAUUUGAUGAGUUCACCCCUGACAAAGUAUCAAGUUAUCUUAUUACAGAGACCUACAACCUCCUCUCUUCAAACAACUGCAUUUUUAUUCUUCAACAAAUGUACUCACACACGUGCCAACAAACUGAUGUAUACGGCAGACAAAAUGAUCUGUUACAUGCUGAGAUUAGCAGCCAAGUUUGGUUGUAUUUCUGACAUGUUGUACAUUGCCAUGUAUUAUUACCAGACAUAUAGAUACACGAAAUCCCUAUCUAUUAUAGAGAUAACAAAAGACAAAUUAGCAAACGCACAUGUAACAUAUCACAAUCGCGUCGACCCAGAAAGAUAUAGUGAGGCUGUAGGCGGACAAUCUUUGUCUGCAAAACUUCGUCAGGCUAGAGCAGACGACAUCCAUCUUUACCCGAAAAUCUGUUACAUAAAGGAAUUAACACCAGAACAGUCUGUAUUAGAGGAGGGGGAUACCCUGAAUAUUCCAACAUUUGUUCUGUUAUACAUGCUAGAAAUCUUGUGCUCCAUCCAUACUGAUACAAUACGAGCACAAAGAGCCUUACUUGAUCUACAGGCUCUAGUCCACUCUCACCAGGGGGUGUUUGUACCUGAAGGACUCAAAGACAUAUCAUGGCAGAUCCUUGGGAUUUGUCAACAGAUAACAGGGAACAUAAAAUCUGCUCUAUUUUCAUACCAACAGUCUAUUAGACAUAUAUACAAAAAUUCACUCCAUCAAAUACAGACGGCUACACUGAUGAGAAUACAGGAUAUAAUGAGAACAAUCCAGCAUGAGUCAAUUUGA